AGGAAAGUGGAGGUCUGCAAUUCACGUCACCUUUCUCCAGGUAUCCAAGUUUAUUUACCUUUCUAUUUAUAUGAGUUACAUAUGACAAUGUAAGCUUACUGAUCCGGAAGACCUAGAGGCCAAUGUGUAUUGGACUGAUAAAUGAUUUGAGGUGAUGGAAUUUACCCGUAUAAAGGAGCGUAACAAAAGAAAGUGACAUAAUAAAUUUGAGGAAGAAUAGGCUAUUACUACUAAAGUUCAGACACAACAAAAAAGGUAUUCACGAAACACUGGAGGUAAGAAGCUCGGAUGGAUUUAAAGCACGUGAUAUUUUUGGUUUUCUUGAUUGUACCUGCUGUGUCUGAUUCUAUCUUCGAUGAUUGGUUUGAUUUUGAUUUCGAUUCCAGUGAAGAAGUAAAUGACUUUUACCCAGUCAUAGAUGAUGACUUAUGGCCUACUAUGAGAUAUUCGACAGGAGUAUGUUAUUUCAGGUUGGAUCAAACCUAUCAUCCCAGAGAAUUUGUGGCAACUAUUAAAUUGGAUUCGAUGACGUUGGAUAUGACGGCAAAAAAUUAUCAAACUUUCAACCGAGAUGCUCUUGGAAUGGAAUACAAGUUAACAAAUUUGCGAACUCAGUACAAGGGAUUUCGAUGUGUAAGAUUUAAAAUUUCGCAUUUUGGAUGGAGAGUUCCAAAUUAUUGGUGUUAUAUGUCAACUGGACCAACAAAUCUACCUCCAACUACACCAUCAUUGACAUCAACAUCAACUUCACCACCAUUGACAUCAACAUCAACUUCACCACCAUUGACAUCAACACCAACUUCACCACCAUUGACAUCAACAUCAACUUCACCACCUGUAACAUCAACAUCGACUAAAUCCACUUCAAAAUCAUCUACACCAGUUCCAACAACGACGUCAACUACUCAACCAUCCACAACAACAGAGCCAACUACACAACCUUCAUCAUCGACAUCAACAACGACGACGACGUCGGCAACAACAACAAUCAAUACGACGCCAUCAUAUAGUUCAUCAACAGUUACAACAGUGGUAACACCUACAAUCCCACCGACAACUUUACCAACAACCACUAUUGAACCAAUAAAAACAACUUCAACAAGGACAACAACACCCGUGUCAAGUACUUCAACUACACAUAAACCAUCACCAACCACAACUAUGUCCAUCACUUCAACAACACAGAAAACAUCUCCAACCACGCUGAGGACUUCAACUACAACUUCAACAAAGGUUACAUUACCAACAAGACCACCACCACCAGAGCCAGCAUAAUGCCAUUGAAAUGAUUUAUUGCAAACAUGUUUUGUUGUAGCUCAAAGCAGAAAAUUGUACGUCAGUUGGUGUUUCUUACAACUAAGAUUCUGAUGAAACUGAGUAAAUACAUUAUGAGUUGUACAAUGACUACAAUGAAAAAUAGCUGGAACUGUUUAUACGAUCUAGCCUUAUCUUUGUGCAUGAUAUGGUGAUAUAUCAGCGAGUCAAAGACUGCGUGUAUGCUUUUAGUUGAAACCGUGUAUUUUAUGUGUAUUUUACAAAGACUAUCAGAAGAUACCAUGAUUUAUAGUUAAUUCUUGUUUAUACGAAUAUCCAUGCACAUGUGAUCAAAACCAUAUUUCAUAUUUCUUUUGCUGUAAAGAAGAAAAAAAGGAUAUAUAAAAUUCGUCUUUUAUAUGCAUUUCACUCUUUAACCUUUUUAAGAGGUUUUAUUAUAUUUACAUACUUUAUUGUAAUGUUUUUGUAUGUACGCAUUUGUUGUAAGUAAAAAAGGCCUUAUGUCUCAUACCACAUAUAAUAUAAGAUUGCACAUAGUUUGUUGUGUUUUUUACAUUCCUAUUGAAAUAAAACAUUAAAUCGAUUAUUAUAUACAGUGUUUGUCUAGUUAAACAUAUACAUUGUUUGUAUAUUAUUUAUUGGUGGGUAUAUUGUAGAUUUGUUACUUGUUCUGGCGUUUGUUUACAACACUCUGAAUUACAAGAUUUUUUGUGAUCUUUUACGUAAUACAUAAAAAGCUGAAUUAGAUUGUUGUCAAAAUUAACUUGUAUUGGCUGUAAAGUCAUUAACUUUUACGAUCAUCCGUAUUGAAGUAAUGCACAUGAUAUACACUCUUUUUAUGGUCAGUCUUUAAUAAAGUGUGUGGUCCGGUAGGAUGGAGUGCUCGACAGUUGACCGCUUUAACUUUAAGUUUUAUUCGCAUUUAUGACUGCAGUAUCCAUUGGACAGCAAUUCACAUAGUUAAACAAGUAUAGUGUGAUUAGUGGGAUGAGGAUAACAAGUCAUGGUACCAUAGUCAUAAAAACCACGGAGGUAAGAGGUGGACAUCAUAUAAGAAUGAAUAUCAAAUAUGUGUUGUUACUUCUUGUAAGUUUCGUGUCUGGGAGUUUCGGAUUUAUUGGUGAAAUGUUAGAUUCUAUAGAGGAUAUACCAGUACGAUUUGUCUCAGGAACAUGCUUUUUAUUAUUACAUAAAACAUAUGAUCCUGGAGAAUUUGAGAUGCGUAUUCGGUUGAAUAAACCCACCAUCGAUCUUUAUUCUUCAGACUUCUACUCGUUUGAUAGGCAGUAUCAUGGUAUGACAUACCGGAUAAUAAACUUAAUACCUUUGAAAUCAGGACUUGCUAGCGUUAGAUUUACUGUUGGCUAUUUUGGAUCUCGUUAUCAUAGUCCACGCUCUUGGUGUGAAAGAAUAACACCUGUACCAACUCCUACCCCUAGGCCAACCCCCACAAGCACAACACCAGUGUCAGUCACAACAACGGACCGAGCGACAACAACAACGUUAUAUACACCAAGUUUUACUACAAGUACAGUAUCGCAAUCAACUACACCAACCAUAACAGUUCCAGUACCUACUACACCAAUCGGACAAGACACAACAUCUACUACUCAAUACACAACGUCUACCGCUCAAGACACCACGUCUACUGCCCAAGACACGACGUCUACUGCUCAAGACACCACGUCUUCUGCCCAAGACACCACGUCUACUGCCCAAGACACCACGUCUACGCCUCAAAGUACAACUCUACCUAUUAUCACAACCACUUCUUUCGGUACCUCAACUCUUGGUACAGCGCCACCACGCCCAACUCCGGCUUGAGCUUUCAACCAUUCAUUUGGAGUUUCUGUGACUUUUAGUCCUUGUCAGCACAGGAGGAUAGAUGUCGCUACAAAACAGCCACGGUGGUGUAAUGAUAAUAUACUUUAGUUGAGAUCAUUUCACGUCUAAUUUCGUGUUAUGUUUUGCCAUCACUGAGCUAUUAUAUUCAAAGCCUUUUUUUAACAAUAUGGCAGAUGUGUGCUUUAUUUGAUAAAUAUAUUGUAACCAGAAAGUUAGGCAGCUAUAAAAUAUUUCAGUUAAGAUCAUGUCACAUCAUAUGUCAUUGUUUCAUCAGCUAUAUUAUUUUUAAAACGUUUUACAAUGAUUGCCGAAUUUCAUUAUACUUAAUAAAUGAAUUAUGAUCCUCA